GCGUCUUGGAAAUCUGACGUGGAAUGCUGACUGCGCAUCUCCUUUGUUCUUAUGCCAUUUCCAGAGCUCUUUGCUCUGCCGAUUUGAUUCGAGGUUGCGUUUGCUUCUCUUUUGGCUCUGCUAUGGCGAUGGUGUUCUUAUUCGUGAUCUUGUGCUGGAUCGCGGGGAAUGGUGCCGCGGUGGCGGCCGCGCGCGCCAUGUUUGUGUUUGGCGACUCCCUUGUCGAUGCUGGAACCAAUGUGUUCAUCGCUGGAGUGCCCAACGCGGCGAAUUUCGAUCCCUACGGCGAGACAUUCUUCCUCAAGCCCACUGGGCGAUUCAGCAACGGGAAAAUAGUUCCAGAUUUCUUGGCUGGAUUGCUGGGACUCGCACUGCUGCCACCGUUUCUCAAGCCAGGAUCGAAUUUCUCGCAAGGGGCGAACUUUGCAUCGUCCGGGAGUGAGAUCUUGGAUAGCACGAACAAUCCGGACAAUGAUCUCAUCCCUCUAAAUGCCCAAGUCCGGCAAUUCCAGGAGUUUGUGAAGAGACGCAAACCUAGGGAGCUCUCUAUCCCGGCUUCCAUCUUCUUGCUCGUCACUGGCAGCAAUGAUCUUCUGGGAGGAUACCUCCUAAAUGGAUCCGCCCAGCAGGCUUUCAACCCCCAGCAAUACGUCGAUCUCCUCCUCGGCGAGUACCAAAAAUCUCUGCUGGCUUUGCAUCGAUCCGGUGCCAGGAAGAUCGUCAUCACUGGAAUCGGGCCUCUGGGAUGCACGCCGUCGCUGCGAUUGCUCCAGGAGAUCACCAACAAUGCCACCGGCUGCUUGGAGGAAUCAAACGAGCUCGCGCUGGCAUUCAACACGAAGCUGGCGCAGCUCUUCCAGGAGCUAACGAAGAAUCUCACGGACGCGAAGAUCAUCCUCGUCAAGCCCUACGAUUUCUUCCUCGAUAUGAUCAACAAUGGCACGAAAUACGGAUUUGAGGAGACGCAGAAGAACUGCUGUGGCGGUGGAGCAUACAAUGCGAUGAUUCCUUGCGGACGCGAUGCGCCAUUCCUGUGCCACGUCCCAUCCAAGUACCUCUUCUGGGAUUUCCAUCCCACACACCAGGCGGCGCGAUUCAUCAGCGACCAGGUCUGGGGCGGAGCUCCCGCGUUCGUGGAGCCUCUCAAUCUAAGAGCCCUAGCUCAAAUUUAAAUCCCAA